AUGAUAACUCGAUAUGUUUUGUUCGUGAUAAUAAAUUUAUGUGUGACACUAAAAACAACUUAUGGCAAGAAAUGUAGCUUGUUUGACAGAAACACCGCUAAUGUUCCAAAUGAUGUAUUUGAGAAUAUAAAAGAUUAUACGAGUACCGAUAUCGGAGCACUGGAUAAGGUGUUCAACAUUACAGCAAUUGAAUCUAUUUAUGAAGAGUACAAGUCGACUGAAUAUAAUGAAGAUAGAGACCUAAACAUAACACAGUUAUUAACUAAAUAUGGCUAUCCAGUAGAACAACAUAAGGUGCAGACUAACGACGGUUAUAUCUUGACCACGUUCCGGAUACCAAAUGAUGGACCUGUUGUUUUUGUAAUGCACGGAUUGUUUUGUAGUUCUGAUGAUUUUGUUACUACUGGCCCUGGCGUUGGUCUUGCCUAUCUACUUGCUGAUGCUGGUUAUGACGUGUGGCUGGGCAAUGCUCGUGGCACCAAACAUUCCAGAAGUCACAUUAGUCUAUCGCCGUCCUGCGCAGAGUUUUGGGAUUUCAGUUGGGAUGAGAUUGGUCGCUACGAUCUGCCGGCUAUGAUUGAUUUCGUCUUGAAUGUGACUGAUCAGAAACAACUAGUAUAUAUUGGUCAUUCACAGGGUACGACAUCAUACUUCGUGUUGUGUUCGGAGAGACCCGAAUACAAUGAUAAAAUAAAGGUAAUGAUAGCACUAUCAGCGGUGUCAUAUUUAUAUCAUUGCGAAAGUCCAAUUUUACGAAUGUUGAGUGCAAUUAUUUCAUUGCUAUGGGAAGCUGCACAAGAAGUUGGCAUAUAUGAGUUUCUGCCACAUAAUGCAUUAUUGAAAUUAAUAAUCAGUUCAAUUUGUGGAAAUCCAGCAACAUCUACGAUAGUGUGUGAUAAUUUAGUUUUUCUUCUAUUAGGUCCAGAUUACAAUCAAAUAAAUACUACUGCCUUACCUGUUAUAUAUGGCCAUUUACCUGCAGGUAUAGCGACAAAACAAUUGAUACAUUACGGACAGUUAAUUGAUUCAGGAAAAUUUGGACAAUUUGAUUAUGGCGCAAGUAAUUUAGCAAAAUACGGGUUAUUAACACCUCCAGAUUAUCCUGUGGAGAAGGUAACAUCACCCGUGAUAAUUUUCUAUGGUCUCAAUGACUGGUUCGGUCAAAUUGAUGAUGUUAAAAAACUUAUGGGCAGAUUGCCAAAUGUGUUAAAAUUUAUUCAAGUCCCGUGUGACACAUGGUCCCACAUAGACUACUUAUAUGCUAAGGAUCUAAAACUAUUGCUAAACGCGGAUAUUCUCAAUAUAGUCGAGCAAAAUUUCAAGGGUUCUUUUUCAGGUUAA